UAUAAUUACGCGAUAAUUGUUUGCGAUAAAGGUGGAAAAGUGGAAAGUGGUUUUCUCGAGACGAAAGGUUUAUGAUAAUUAUUGAGAGUCGGAAUGUUUGCGCGCAGUGAGUAAUAAGUGAAUAACAAGUAAAUAACAAGUGAAUAACAAGUGAAUAAUAAGUGAAUUUAAAUGUAUUUAAAAUUGAAAAAUGAUCAAGUUGUUUGUCUAAUUCAAGACGUGUUUCUUGAUUCGAAACGUUCCCGCUAAAAUCAAUGUCCCGACACAAGCGCAAUCCAUCCCCACCAGGAGUAGUGAGAAUCUGUCCCUCGCUUGUUGCAAACGCACCUUCCAGUGCUCAUUGUCAUGGCAUAGCAUGACGUAUAGGUGACAAUAUUUUUCAAGGCAAUGGAAAGAUGUCAUCGCUUGUGGAGUUCAGUGCAGCGGGGUACGUGAUAGUUGUCAAUAUUGUUUGAAACAAGUGCGUUAGUUCUCCGCGUUUCUCGCUCCCCUCGGUUCAGUGUCGCAGCGCGAAUGACAGAUCCAGUUAUUUACACCUGCGGAUGUGGUUUUCGUCGAAAGAGGACAAGUGUCCGUCGACGAAAUGAAAAAGUUUACAUUUAAAUCAGUACUCGAUGGCUUUCGUUCGUCGGUCGCUCAGCAGACGAAACCCGAGCAGGAAAUUGUCGAGAACCUGCGGGCGGAGAAUUUCCAAGUCAAAAAAACAUUCAAGCAUGGCUUCCCCUACCAGCCGACCGCCCUCGCCUUCGACCCCGUGCAGAGGCUGCUCGCCAUCGGCACCAGGUCGGGCUCCGUGCAGAUCCUGGGCCGGCCCGGCGUCGACAUCAGCGUGUCGCACGACAGCUGUGCGGCCGUGACGCAGCUCCAGUUCAUCGUGAACGAGGGCUCGCUCAUCUCGGCCACGGCGGACGAUGGCCUCCACCUCUGGAGCCUGCGGCAGAAGAUUCCCCAGGUGGUGCAGAGCCUCAAGUUCCAGCGCGAGCGCAUAACCUGCAUGCUCCUCCCGCUCCAGAGCAAGUGGCUCUACAUCGGCACCGAGCGCGGCAACAUCCACAUCCUCCACGUGGAGACCUUCGUCAUCUCCGGCUACGUCGUCAACUGGAACAAGGCCAUCGAAGUCACGCGGAAGACGCACCCCGGCGCCGUCGUCCACCUCAGCGACCACCCGCUCGACCUGGGCAAGAUCCUCGUCGGCUUCGAGACGGGCCAGGUCGUGUCCUGGGACCUCAAGGCCAAGGCGGCCGACUUCCGCUGCCAGACCGACAAGCCGCUGCGCUCCAUCUCCUGGCACUACGAGGGCAAGCAGUUCAUGUGCAGCCACACCGACGGCUCGCUCUCCACCUGGGCCCUGCGCCAGGCCAAGCCCACGACGCUCACCUUCCCCCACGCCAAGGUGCUCAAGGACGGCGAGCCCGAGCCCUGCCGCACCAUCCAGAAGGUCGAGUGGAAGAUCUCCAGGGCCGGCGAGUCCUUCAUCGUGUUCGCGGGCGGCCUGCCCGUCGAGACCACCGGCCGCACGCCCAGCAUCACCGUCAUCCAGGGCAAGACCACCACGGUCCUCGAGAUGGAGCACAACGUCGUCGACUUCGUCACCCUCUGCGAGAGCCCCUGGGCCACCGACUGCCAGGAGCCCUACGCCGUGGCCGUGCUCCUGCAGAGCGACUUUGUCGUCAUCGACCUCCAGAGCCCCGGAUUCCCCUGCAUCGAGAACCCCUACCCCAUGGACAUCCACGAGUCCGCCGUCACCUGUUGCGCGUACUUUGCCGACUGCCCCCCGGACCUCGUGCCUGCCUUCUACUCCGUCGGGUCCAAGUACCAGAAGCGCAGCGGCUUCAGCGAGAAGGACUGGCCCAUCUGCGGCGGCGAGUGGAAGCCCAACUCCAGCAGCUACAGCGAGAUCAUCCUCACCGGACACGCGGACGGCAGCAUCAAGUUCUGGGACGCCUCGGCCGGCACGCUGCAGGUCCUCUACAAGCUCAAGACAUCCAAGUUGUUCGAGAAGAGCAAGUCCCGGAGCAUAGAGGGCGAGGAGGACCCGCUCGCCAUCCAGAUGAUAUUCCUCUGCCCCGAGAGCCGCAAGCUGGCCGCGGCCACCGUGGGCAGACACGUGAUUUUGUUCAAGUUUAAGAAAGUCGAGAGUACCUCGGAGGUUGUGAUUUUAGACGUAAGCUUCUCGGAAGAGAAGGACCCGGCCCUCGAGUCCGGAGUGUACAUGGGGUCCCCAGUGAAAGAAAACCCCCCGUCGGACGACAGACGGGACGGCGACGGACCCUUGAGAGUGAAAACCGGACUGCAGAAGCGCGCCCCUGGCUUCCAGGCCAGCAUCAUUUGUGUGACCCUCGGGCCGGACGGAGAGCAGACCGAGUACAUCUCAGCCUUGAGCCUAAACUCCUCCUACGGUCUGCUCUCCUACGGCAACGAGUCGGGCCUCGUUGUCAUCGACAUUGUACAGAAAGUGACCCUCCUCGUGGUGAGUACCAGUGAACUCGGUAUGUCGGACUCGAGUCGCAUUCUCCGCAGUCCCAAGAAGCAGGACGACAAACUCGACGAUCGGAUCCGGAGCCCCAGUGCCGAUCAGAAUCAGGUCAACUUCUCAGUCUUCCCGGAAAACAAAACAGAGGCAGAUCGACUCGAGAGCUCGCUGCAGCGCUCGCCGAGUUCCAGUAUGUCGUCCCUGGAGAACAUUUCCCACGAAACCAUCAGCUGCCUUAUAUUUGCCGAUUCCUACACGAAAAAAGAUUCCAUUGCCUUACCGACUCUUUGGAUUGGCACGACUCUGGGCUCCGUGCAGCCCGUCAUGUUCAACAUGCCUACCUCAGGUGAGAGACUCGCACAACCUGUGAUUAUUCCUACUUCCAAACUAGGAGGCACGACCUUCAAGCUGAAAGGGACCAUCUUGACGAUGUCGUUUCUGGACUGCAACGGAGCGUUGAUGCCCUACUCGUACGACUCCUGGAAGGAUGACAAUACGGAGAGCAUUCGGGACCGGAGCAAGAGUCGGGGCAACCUGGCCAACUCCAGGCUCCCCUCGUUCGCGAGCCCAGGAUUUGAAGACAGGCAGUUCGUUGUGAUAGCUUCGGAGAAACAGGCCAAGGUCAUCGCUCUUCCCUCGCAGAACUGUGUCUACGGCCAGCAGCUGGCCGCCCCGAACCACGUCGUCAAGGCGGAGAUCACGUCCCUCAAGGACAGCGUCUGCCUCGUCUGCUACGUCUCCAACGGCCACGUGACUAGCUACAGUCUGCCGAGCUUAAGACUUCUCAUAGAUGUAGAUUUUCUACCACUGCUGAAUUUCAGGAUCGUCAAGACCCUCUGCUUCAGCAACCGGGGGCACGGCCUGUACCUGUCGUCGCCCUCCGAGAUCCAGGAGUUCACCGUCUCCAGCGACUACUGCGGCGAGAUCAUCGACAUGGUGGGGGACCUGUUCCUGCCCCAGGAGAUGCCGGAGCAGCCGAAGGAGAGCUUCUUCAAGGGACUCUUCGGCGGCGGGUCCAAGAGCCUGGACCGCGAGGAGCUGUUCGGCGAGUCCAGCGGCAGGGCCUCCAAGUCCCUGGUGAAGCACAUGGUGGGCCCCAACGCCAGUGUGGAGAACCUGCGCGAGAGGGCGUCGACUGCCACCAGCGACGUGGCCAAGGCCCACCAGAUGGUCAUGGAGAGGGGCGAGAGGCUCGGCGAACUCGAGGAGCGGACGGCGCGCAUGAUGAACGAGGCCGAGGGAUUCUCCACAUCAGCUCAUGGAUUGAUGCUCAAGUACAAGGACAGAAAGUGGUAUCAACUGUGAGAGUACGACGUUUUUCUGGGUGUUCUACUCGCUUUCAAACUCCCUUGUACACUUGUUGGGAACGAUUGCGCCACCUGACUCUCUAAUUAACACACACGUUCUGUAACUGUUAUCCUGGUGACAUAACUGUUGUAGAACAUUUGUAGCUAUUCCGUAACCGUGUUACAUAAAUGUUAUAGAACUUGAGUGUAACAAAGUUUACGUGCGCGCGUCCCGCCUGACGCCGCCAGUUCCCGCCAUUUUAACAAGAAUCGAUUCAUCGAUUCUGGAUUUCUUGUAGAUUUAUUAUUUUAGUUGUAUAUAAAGUGCUCUAGGAUUUUCAAGGAUUCUUUGAUAUUUCAACUAGGAAGGAGAUGACGAGAAGAAAGGACAUUUUAUUCGACUCUGUUCGAAAAAGGCAAUGGCUGCAUUUACAGACAUAUAUAAGAUGAUUCCACGAAUCCAAGUUUUCAACUUUCUUCAGUUAUUAGUGGAAGCGAUACGGAUAUCAAGAUUACAGGAUCGUUCUACGCGAUAGACUGAUAAUUAUAAGACAAUUUUUUCUCAAAAGACUUACUUCUUCAAAACAAAAAAAAAAGAAAAGAAAACAAAAUAAUAAUAAAUAAAUAAAGAAUAAAAUAAUAAUAAUAAAUCCUACGCUUGUGAGACAAGUACUAAUUAGGAUGUUUCUGUUUUCCUACUUUUGGUCGAAUUUGUUUCCACAUGUGCGAAGCAUCGACGAAUUACCUUUUCACUUUAUCGAGCUUCAACGUGUGUAUUUCUCGUUCUCUGACCUAUCAAAAAUUAACGUAGAAUUAUCUAAAAGGACCUAAUUCCUCAUAUCAGAAACUCUGCCAGUAUUACCAAUACGAGAUGUUCACUAGCCUUUUGAAGACAUUCUCCUAAUAUUAUGGUGUCUCAAAGUGGCCUCUUCCAAUUUUCCGGACCGCGGACCGGCAAAGAUCAAACCUUACUCAGGAAUCUUUCAACUGGUAUGCUGGCUGGUCUCAAAAGUGAACAGUUAAAAUAGAAUUUUUCAAUUUAUCGUAAUUAUAGUCUCUGUGAAGUCAAGAAAAAUGGCGGCAAUUGUGAAGAAGCACACGUUUCACUGAGUAUAACAAAAAAAAAAAAAAAAAAAAAAAAGAUGAAGAAGAAAAGAAGAAAAACGAAAAAAACACUAGGUGCUCCAAGUAUUAAAUUGAGGCCAGCCGACUCGUUUAACGCAUCCGAGUAUAAUAUUUUAAUAUUUUAAUCGCACAAAAAAGCCAACACAGGUUGUUGGAUUCUCAGCGAAGCACAAACUCGGAUAACGAAUGGCGGGACACGUUUAGUGUUCGUGUCGCAUUCCUGUUUUUAAACUCAGGGUGUCUUGACUCUAUUGAGAAAAAUUGUAAAGAAUGUCGUGUUUGUUAUAGAUAUGUGUAUAUUUGUGUGGAGUUUUCAAAUUUCCAAUUGAAAGUCAAUAGAUUCGAAUAUUGGUUCCUGUUGUGUCUCCGGCCUGAUAAGAUCACGGAUCAAACAUGAAUCUUCACUCAGGAAAUUUUAGCGAAAUGCCGGCUGGUCUCAAAAAAACAAAUCGUCAUUUUUAAGAUAAAAAAAAGAGUAUACAUACAUUGUAUAUGCACUAGGGUGACUUCUUUUUUUUUGCUUUUCUUGGCACUAUCUUUUAAGUUUGUUCUGUGACAACAAAUAAGACACGUAUUUUUUUCUUUUAUUUUUAUUUGUCCGUGUCGACGAGUCCGUGAAAAUUGCCACCGUAUUUCCAAAGGGAAAAAACAAUUUAUUAUUAUUACAUUCAAACUGAAUUUGCAAAAAAAAAAAUUUUUCUAAUUUUUCAACUUUUUGUAUAGAUUGUAAUCGGAAUUAAAAAAUUACUAGCGAAUUGAGACGUUAACAAUUGUUUGAACAAGAAAACUUGUUUAUUAAAUUUUUUUGAAAUGAGUCAAAGAAAAUUGUUCAUAUUUUCUUAUUUUGCAUAUUUCUUUUCGUUUAUAAAAGAUGUAAAUAAUAAGGACAAAAUUAUUAUUCUAACAAUAAUAUUUUGACAAAAUUUAAUACAAUAAUUUGUUCAAACAAUAUUUUUUAAAUUUU